AUGGCAGAGUCCAAGGAGAUCUCUCAGGAGGUGCUCGAGUUGCAGCUCAGCCCCAGCGGCGGGCGGCUCGGACAGGUCGAGAAUGUCGACAACCUCCGUCGGUCGUUGCGCAACCGUCAGAUCCAACUCAUUGCCAUUGGAGGCACGAUUGGGACGGCGCUCUUCGUCAGUAUCGGAUGGGCCCUGCUCGAGGGCGGUCCCGGGUCGAUGCUCAUCUCGUUCCUCUUCUAUUCCUGUGUCAUCGGGUGUAUCAACAGCAGUCUCGCCGAAAUGACCGUCUACAUGCCCGUGUCUGGCUCCUUCAUCCGGUUCGCUGGAAAAUGGGUCGACGACUCAUUCGGCUUUGUGGCAGGCUGGAACUUUUUCCUCUACGAAGCCAUCCUGAUCCCCUUUGAGAUCUCGGCCCUCAACCUCGUCCUGACCUUCUGGAGGGACGACAUCCCCGUGUGGGCCGUCUGCCUGGCCUGCAUCACGCUGUACGCCGUCAUCAACAUCUUCGCGGUCCGCUGGUUCGGUGAGGCCGAGUUCUGGCUGUCCAUGGGCAAGGUGUUUCUGGUCUUCAUCUUGUUCUUCUUCACCUUCGUCACCAUGGUGGGCGGCAACCCGAAGCACGACGCGUACGGGUUCCGGUAUUGGAACAGUCCGGGCGCUUUUGCGGAGUACAUCACCACCGGAGCGCUGGGGAGGUUCGAGGGUUUCUUGGGAUCCCUGUUCGUGGCGGCAUUCACCGUCUGCGGCCCAGAGUAUAUCGCCAUGGUGUCGGCAGAGGCGGUCUAUCCCCGUAUCACCAUCAAGGCGGCAUUCAAGACAGUAUACUGGCGAUUCGGCUGCUUCUUCAUCCUGGGAGCCAUCUGUGUCGGGAUCGUCCUCCCGUACGAUAGCGCGACACUGGUCCACGUUCUCACCACGCAGGGCGGCUCCACUGGCGCAUCGUCCCCGUAUAUCAUCGCGAUGCAGAAUCUCGGCAUCACGGGGCUCCCUCACCUGGUCAACGCACUGCUACUGACCAGCAUCUUCUCCGCGGGCAACUCGUACUGCUACAUGGCGACGCGGUCGUUGUACAGCCUCUCGCUACAGGGCCAGGCGCCCCGGUUCCUCCAGGCGACGACGGCGAGCGGCGUGCCGUACUGGUGCUUCGCCGUCACCAUGGUGUUUCCCUUCCUGAGCUUCUUGCAGGUCAGCAACGGGUCGGCGACGGCCAUCAAGUGGCUGGUCAACCUGGUCACGGCGUCGCAGGUGCUCAACUACGUCUUCAUGGGGACAACGUACCUGUUUUUCUACCGCGCCCUGAAAGCCCAGGGGGUUGACCGCAGAACACUUCCGUAUCGAGGCUGGUGUCAACCCUACCUCAACUGCUUCGGCCUGGUCUUCGUGACCAUCAUCGUCGUCCUGCAAGGCUACACGGUCUUCCUCCCCGGAUCGUGGGACAUCGGCACCUUCUUCACCUACUACACCAUGAUCUUCGUCUGCAUGGUCCUCUACAUCGGGUGGAAGGUGAUCAAGCGGACCAAAGUCGUGCAGCCGCACCUGGCCGACCUCGUCUGGGACAAGCCCGUCAUCGACGCCUACGAGCAGAGCAUCGACCCGCCGCUGGGACUGUGGGAGGAUAUCUGGGUGUCGGUGCUGGACACGCUCAAGAUCAGGAGCAAGAAACUCACAGAGGGGGCGGAUGUAUGA